AUGCCCGUCGGCGGGGAAGCCGGAGACUUUUCUCUAUUGAAGAAGGCAGAAACUUCUGCAAAGGGCCGACGCCCCUUCUACGACCAAGGCCGGCUUGUCUACGAAUGGGAGCAGUCACUGGACGAAGUUCAUCUGUACCUGAAGCCGCCGGAAGGCGCGCGGGCAAAGGAUCUGGAUAUCAAAAUAACGCCUACGAUGUUGACCGUCGGCUUGAAAGGCAAACCGCCUCUCUUUUCAGCACCGACGGAAUCAACCGUGAACGUGGACCCGUCACUGUGGAUGAUCGAGGACGGGGAACUUCACAUUCUGCUGGUGAAGAUGAAGAAGGGCGAAGUAUGGAACGCCGCACUGAAGGGCCAUGGCGGCACUCUUGAUCCGUUCAGUCAGCAAGAAGUGCAGAAGAAGUUGAUGCUGGAACGGUUCCAGGAGGAGAAUCCUGGAUUCGACUUCUCCGGAGCGACGUUCAGUGGCAAUGCUCCGGACCCUCGGACGUUUAUGGGCGGCGUGUCGUACAAGUGA